UACGUGAACCUGUGCUUGCGAAUCGCUGCACUUGAUCGUCCGCCAAAGAAAAGAAAAAUGUUAAGCAGAUGUGUCAUAAACCCUUUCGUCCUUCUGGGACAAGAGAAGGAAACCCCCACGUGGGGUGAACGCUACGCUGUCGUCGCCUCCGACUGGCAGAUCGCAGACGACUCCGACGUGCCCGAAUCAAAGAUGGAGUCCGAGUGGGAAGAUUUCAGUCCCGAGAAGAAUCCUGUAGUUCCAAGCGAUGGUCGAUGGUUUUCUGAACCGUUUUCCCAUGUGGAUCUGCUUCCAUCUCCCAGUGUCCCAGUCUCAUCCCCUGCAUCAUCCUGGUCUUCACCCCUCCGAGAUCCGUGGACCAGGUCUAGUCAGAGGGCCAGCAGAGCUGCUGCUUACCACCCCGACAAGGCCAGUGGAUACUGCGAAGUUAGAGCACCCGUUUUCAGGCGACGCGGGUGCAAUGGUGGCCGACGGAGAUACAGGCCGAGAGGAUGCAUGCCAAAAUGUACGUCAUGGGAACACCUCCCUGCGGUCAUUCAGCCGACCAAGUGGUACCAGGUUGUUGGAAGCAUGCAGUGCAGCCACUGCAAAGACCAGGGGAGAUACCAGUUGACGUCCUGGAUCUGCCAAACCUGCCAGGUCCCCCUGUGUUUAAUGCCGUAUAGGAACUGCUAUGCCAAGUGGCACGGUCAGAGGUGUUGAGAGCUCAGACGCUCUAGUAGUAGUUCCUCAAAGAGGAGAGAAAAAAAUGU